GACCCUCACCGCGCCAUCACAGAAGAGCAGUAUCAGCUCAUUCAGGAGAGAAUAAUGGAGGAGUACGAUACAACCAUCUUCUCCACCGACCCCACAGUGCGGACGCCAGCGUUCAGAGGAAGAACCUUCCUCAGCGAAGGCGUCAUCAAGAUGUGGUGCGAGGACGAGUUCGCCCUGAACUGGCUGCGCCGCACGACUAAUAAGAUACCCUCGCCGAUACCCGGCACCAAGCUGGUCGUAUGUCGGCAAAGGGAUAUCCCACAACGUGUCAAGGGGGCGGUCUACGUCCCCGACUUCACCGACGGCGACGUAGACCGCCUCCGCAUCCGUCUACACAAAGCCAACGCCGACACCUACGACAUCAACAGCUGGUGUCUAUAUAACGCACAGCGUACGCCCGAAUGCGACGGGAUCAGGCUACUGCUGGGGAUACCCAUGCAGGAGGCCGAAGUCCUGAAGCAAAAGGAACGGCGCUUGCGUUAUAAGCUAGGGUCGGUCUACGUUAAAUUCGUAGACGAAAAAGAAGAGGACGACAACAAGGGGGAAAAGGCGCCCAUCACCAACGCACCGAACGACGAGCCUCUUAACCUCGCCCCUGGCGAGGCAACAGAGGCUCCAGUAGAGGCGGUUACCAGCGUCCUGCGACACCCGGGUCCAUCCAUGGACCAGGAGAUGUCUGCAGACACGCCGGCCCGGCCCCGGGAAUCUACCCCGGAGGCUGUCGACUGGUGGAGGCGCGUCGAGAACGAGGCGAGGGAGGAGAUGCUGCUGGGUAGUGAUGGACCCGACAGCUCCCCGACCAAACCCCAUUAAAGCCAUUCAGGCCAACCUCCAGCACAGCCGGACUGCAUCGGCCAUGUUGUGCAGGCAGCUGGAGGACUCUACGGAGACCAUAGCCCUAAUCCAAGAGCCGUGGAUUAGGAAGGGCAGGAUUUGUGGUCUCACCAACACAGGACACAAACUGAUUGUCAACAGCACCGGAUCUCACGGCUGUGAGGCUCCUGGUAGACCCAUCCAAUAGCCUAUCGAGUGUCGUAAUAGCAUCUGCCUACCUGCCGGGCGACGAGGUCAC